ACAUUCUCGAUUGUUAUAUCACCGUUAAAAUCACUAAUGUAGACAUUAGAUAAGAUAAAACGUAUAACUAAGCUCGACCUAACCUGCUUAAGCUAUCGUCUAAGGAUUAUAUCGGAGCGCAGGUGUUCAAUGAAUCAAUUACCAAUUUACGUGAUUGGAGGAAUUAUUUAUCAAAAAUCGAUAAUGAUUUCUAUAAAACCGUUGUUUCAAUGGACACAUCGAUAAACGUGCCAAGUAAUUAAAAGUUUAAAUUUAAUUUUAAAUCUACAAUAAGAAUGUCGCUUCUGUUUUUAUUGUUCGGUGUUUGUGUAACGCUUGUCAGUGGACAGACCACAGGGGUUAGUCAAUGUAUUAGAAACGAGGGAGACCUUCCGAUAAACACGUACAUCCACGGAUGUUCGGAGCCGCCGUGCUCUCUGCCACAGCUACAGGACUGCGUUAUUGACAUCGUAUUCCAAGCACCUCGCGUUCUUCGCAAUAUGAAAACGUUAGUCACGGCCUACAUGAACCUGGGAGUCAUCAAUCUGCCGAUCCCGUACGAUCUUGGCGAACACGCCAUCACCUGCAACUUCCUCACAAACACCUACUGCCCGCUGCUGGCAGGCGAGGUUGCGACCUACACGUUGAGAAUGUUCAUCGAGCCGUUCUUCCCUCAGGGUACUGCGGUUACAGUCGAAUUCAGGGUCGUGGAUGAACGGAAUGUACCCGUUUUGUGCCUCCGAGUUCCAAUCACGAUCGCUCCGCCCUUAACAGGCCCGACCAAAACACACCACCUAAGAAUUGAACAUGUUUACAACGCAACGAAACUAGAUGACGCUAGUGUUCAACAUGCUGACAUUUUCGUUUGAUAUUACGUCCUAAAUACUAUAUUGCAUAAUACUAUAUGCCAAUUUUUAGAUUAAAUAAUAAAUGCCUAUAAAACCAA